AUGGAUCAACUUCUGAAAUCUAUUAACGAGCUUGGUGAGCAACUAAAACAGAUUGACACAAAACUCUGCUCAAAAAUAGAUGCUCUCGAUAAUAAGGUGUCGGCGUACAAGCAAGAGCUCGAAGAAAUAAAGCAAACCCAAGAUGUUCAAGAAACGAGAUUGGACCAGCUGGAACGAGAUGUUAGAGUCCGAAAUCUUGUCUUCUUUGGUAUUGAAGAGACAGAAAGGUCCUAUUUUGACCUAGAAGACGUGGUCUUAAAAAUAAUAAAUGAGGACUUGAAGGUGGCAUGCUGCAAAAACGACGUACAACAUAUCAGGCGGCUGGGGAAAAAAGGCGAGAAACCUAGACCGAUAAUAAUUGGUUUCACGACUCUAGGAAAGAAAAUCAAAAUCCUUAAAAAUAAAUCAAAGCUUCAGGGAUCCACAUGUUACAUUAAGGAAGAUUUCCCUCCAAAAAUACUAAAAGAACGAAAGUCGCUGCAGGAAGACUUAAAGAAAGAGCUAGAUAAGGGUAACAGAGCUAUAAUUAAAUAUAAUAAGCUAGUUAUUAUACCAGAAAAAAAUACUCAGAAUAAUAUAGAGACACCUGCUGGAACAAAUAAUACCAAGAAACGAUCCCUAGAUACAUCACCAUCCUCCGCAAAUAAAAACCCAAACCGCCAGGUGCAAAAGAAAAACAAACCGAGUACAGAAAACAGAAAUAUAAAGCAAUACUUAACAUUCCAAAGGCCAGAGUCGCCAAAAACCGGAGGAGACACAGACAAUGACGACACGACAUAG